ACACUUCCGUAGUACAGCUCUUGCCAUGGCGUUUCAGUCACAAAUUUAGUGCCCUUGCCUUGCAGCUUGGUAUGCUCUGUAACGCCCUUGGGUCACGUCGCGUGCCGCACCGUACCGUCAAUGCUCGGCGGACUGUCGGGAUCGUUUGCCUUUUCGGGACACAGCUAUUUGGGGAAGUGUCACCGUUUGGAAGCGGAGAGGAGUUUGCCGUUUGGGGACAUAGCCAAUACAGGAAAGUCCGAACGUUUGCCUUACAUCAGGGGUGGCAACAGCCAACCCUUCGGACUGUCCAGCAUAACCGACUGGACUUACAACCAGGACGGUGGCCUCAGGUGGAUGGAGGGAAGUCAGAACCCGCAUUUGGGGAUACAGGCCGAUGGGACUCAGCAGUGUCUCACUCCGCGUGCUGUAUUCGGGGCGUUUGGUGAGUAUGUUCCUCCUGUAACGCCACUGGUCACACUACGGUUCGGAACUGCAAGCAGCAACGAGGACGCCCUGAGGGAGCAGCUACGACUACGGGCAAUGGCAAUGGUUGGGUGCCAGGUGCCAUCCUUGGGCCUUGCAAGAUCAGGCAUUUCACCUCUGAUUGCUCAAUCACUCGGGGCAGAGGAUGACGUUGCAGGGGCUGGGGGUUCUCCUAACGCCGUGUCGUCGGUGUCGCACCAGGCUAUUCACCCCUCUCCUCACGCAGUUCGACCGUCUGUCUGCUACACGCCAGGCAAGGACUGUCAUCCGCCUGCUGAUGGAGGAGUGGUGGGUAGUGGCCAUCUGUACGAUCGAUCAUCUGAUGAAGAAGAAGGCCGUGCUGGCCUUGUCACACCACCUGCCAACCUGCGUGGAUGUGGGAUGGACGGGGGAUUUUCGGGUUCGGAUGGUGGGAUCGGUGGGCGGACUGGGUCGGACGGUGCACAUGCGGCACCUGCACGAAGGUUGUCUGUCAUUGAGCAAGCUAUUAGAGAUGUGGAAUUUGGCAAUGUGGAUGAACUGCUAGUGCUUCCUGUUGCAGACACGCAUGGCACUCCAACACAUGGGGUUGGUGAAGGUCAUGGGCAUGCAAGUGCUGCGGCCACAAGCAAUGCAGGAGAUGUCGAGGGCGCAAAUGGUGAAAGAGGUGGUCCACAAGUGGAUGAAUGUGACGAUACGCCUAUCAUGGAGCCGAACAAGGACCGUUGGGGAGAGGAUGAAACGUCGCAGGUACGUGUUGUUCCGCCCAUGGCGGGCAUGCAGGUACGCGCUGUUCCGCCUGCGGCUGAGGGCGGAAGAAGACCUCCGACGACGGAGCCUUCAAGGCGGUACAACCCCUCCAUGUACAGCCAUCUGCCAUCGUGGGCGAGAGAGGAGUCGGAGGGGGAUGAACUUCCAACGUUUCCUCUCGCCAGCGAGUCGACGCAGCUGUUGUCGCAGACGGUGCUCGCAGGUGGGUCGGCAAGCAACGGACGCGGCGAGUACACGACACUCCUGCAGCAGGGAUCGGGAGACGACGAUGACGGGGGAGUUGAUCUCCGGUUCGGGUUGUCUUCUGGCGGCGGUAGGGAGGCGAGCCGCACGUUCAUCAUCGACGCCGAUCCUUCACCGCGUGGCGUUCAACAAUCUGGGAAUCGACAUACAGAGCUGUCCACACUUCGUGGCGGUACGUCCGUUUGUGUCGGUGUGAGGCCAUCGUCAGCAGGCCAGCAGAAUGGAUCGAGUGCACCGUCCGCCGAUCGAUUGACAAGCACCUGCCCCGAACGCAACGCAGUCGUAGUAGGGUCCCUGCGCAUCGGCGGUACACUUCAUUCGAUGCCCAAAAGCACAACGCCGACCCAACCCGACCUCAGGGACGACGGCACAUGCAGACCAGCGGUGCGUCAAACACCCAGUGUGGAGAACAUCACACGAGGAGUGUCGAACAUGCGGGCACACAGCGAUGGUGGCCACGACGAUGGUGGUGGCGGUGACGAUGCAGACGGGCGAUUCGGGGAAGACGUGGAGGCAGGGGACGACGACGACGACAUUCCGAUUCGGUCCUUGGGGAAGACGGGUGGGAGGGGGAGAGGACGCAGCAGGGGUGCUGUUCGUGGUCGGUUCGUUGGCCGUGGGGGCAGAGGUGGCGUCAGCGAUGACGGCGGGAAAUCUGCGACGUACUGGUCCCCGGAAGAGCAAAUCCAACUGGUGAGAUGCAAGCGGGAGCAAGAGAUGCACCUUGCCGGUCUCGGUCACAAUUACGGGCGGAUGCGGACCAAGGAGUGGAAGUGGGAAGAUAUUGCCAAGCGCAUGGCGAACGCGGGGAGGCCGAAAGACGCGGACGACUGCAUGAAGAAGUGGGACAAUAUCUUCCAAAACUACAAGAAGAUACAGAGGUUUCACAAUGCGAGUGGCCAACCAGAUUUCUUCUGGCUAUCGAAUGAAGAAAGGAAGGAGCACAACUUCAAGUUCCGGAUGGAGAGGGCGCUAUACAACGAGAUCCACAUAAGCAUGGUUGGCAACCACACAAUUUUCCCUCCCAACAUCGCCGACACUGAAAGUCCGGACGGGGUGCAUCUGCCCAGGCGAGGAGCGGGUGCUGGGGAGUCUGUUGGUAGUGAGGGCGCUGGUCAAGGCCUCCCUGAAGAACGUUCUACUACGAGGGACUCCGACAGCAACGCUGCCAACGGGGCUGGAGGCGGUAAGCGAAAGAAUGCGCGUCAACAGGCGUUGGAGUCGAUUGCUGAUGUUAUGGACCGUCAUGGCGAACUGAUGUCGUCGACGAUCGAAUCAUCUAGCAAGCGGCAAUGCAGCAUAUUCACGAGGCAGUGCGACAUACUAGAGCAGGAAGUUGCAGUCCACAAAGCGCAUUACGCGGCAUCCGAUGAGACGCAGAGGAUGAUGUGCCACGCGCUUCUGGAGAUCGCUGCCGCCAUCCCUGGUUGGGCGGGGGAAGUGGAAGGGGACUGUGAUGAUGAGUUCACGACGGAGGAGGAGCAGGCGGAGGCGACAACGUCUGAAGUACGCGAGAGCGAUCGGCAGCGCUCUUCUGAUCGCACCGCUUCGAAGAGGAUGCAGACCCCUCCACAUGAGGCGCAGCAACUGCAUGGCCGUGAAACGCGGACAGAGAAGGCUCCCGUCGUCGAUCUUGGCGGCGAAGAUGACGAGCCCUUGGAGAGACGCCGCAUUCGCAUUCGUACGACGGCGACCCCACCGCCGGAGGUGGUCGUGCGGGUUGCUACAAAUGAUAGGCCAGUCUCGGGCAGGCUUCCCGCCACACCGUCUCAGCCACGUCAACGUAGCGACGCUGGUGAUGGAGGGUCCGUCCAACGUGUUGGCGGGGGGGAAGUCGUGGCAGACGCUCGCGCAAUUGGCGCCCAGGUGGCAGGUGUCGUGGGGGCGGUUGUUUCAGGCAAUGUGGGCGCCGUAGCGACUGGGAGGGAGGACGCAACAGUUGUGGUGACGGCGAGAGAGGAGGCGCGUGGCGAGAGGAAAGUCGAGCGGGAGGCAGGCGAGGCCGAUUCAAGUCGGCCACGAAGGAGUGUAAUGACGAAAGACCUCRUUGAUCAUGUCGUCCUUUGGGUGGAUGACAAAGCUUUCUGGACGACCGGGGAGGGGCGAAGACUAUACAACAUCCACGUGCGUGGCCAGGAUCGCCGACCAAUCACAGUUGCACAAGCGAUCUCCCAUGCGGCGGCAGUGGAGAACGUUGCUCUGCGCAUCUUGCACGGAUGGGGAUUCAAGUCCGAAAAUCGGCCAAGGGGAUACCAUGUGGCUUUCCAGCACUCGCUGGAAUCCUUUGCGACAGACAUUGUGCAUGCCAUGUGGUACGGCGAGGAGUGGUGCGAGGUUGUCAGUCCGACGAUUUGCACGCGCACGAUAGAUCUAUCCAUAGACCUACCGCUUUGGUUCGUCGGCGCCAACAUCGAGGACAGACCAGAGGACGACGACAUGGCGGCGCACCAGGAGUCUACCGUCAUCCGCGUCCCGUAUGCAUUCCGCGCGGCCGUGCAAAUGGGUGCGCUCGUCGACGGCGAGUUCAUCACGCACGAUCGUCUUUCUCGGGUGGCUGAUUGCUUCAGGUUGUUGUUGGCGGCGUGCAUGUGGAUAAUGCGCAUGGCAGAAGACGAUCCGCGCAGCCGCUAUGACGCUUUCUACUUCGCGAACCUCGUGGCGAAGCCCUCACUCAUCGCGGCCAUGCAUCGCUCCUUCGAUCAUCAACGAUCCGUCGUCCGCGCCGCGAAAGUCGCCACGGACAGGCUAGGGAAGGUGACCGCUACGAUCGGACAGUACCCCAACUAUAUACCUCAAUGGGCGCCCUGCGGCAUUGCUUUCAAGCACAACGCGAGCAUAACGGGGCCGGAGGAUGCAAAGAAGCUAGAUUGGUUGGGUUUGGGCCCCCUUGAUGAUGACAACAACGACGAUGGGAAAGAUGACGCGUAGCGGGGGGGAGGGAGAGGUUGGGGCUGGUGGUUGGCUGGGGAGGAAGACGGAUGGGAUGGGAGGGGAGGUUUGGCUGCUUCUGUGGACUCGCGCGCAUGUAGUAGUGGAUGGUCGUCAUGCAGGAGGAUGGGGUUGCACCGACGCAAAGUGCGCACCUGUUUAGUGUGUCGAAGAGAGGGAUUCCGCAAGAUCGUCGUCGGUUGCGCACUUGUCGCCUCUGCCACGAAGUCGGGUUGAUAGGUUUGAAUGGUUUGUGGUGCGUCGGGAUACAAGUGUGCAGUGUGUCGGUCGUUGUAGUCGACGACGAUAUCAUUCAAUGUC